AUGGCACGCCGCCUUCUCUCCGCUCUGCUAACCGCAUGGUUGGCACUGGCGCCCAUCUGUGCUACGGCAGCUCCGCUCAUGACGAGGAACCCGUAUAGCUUUGUGCUCAAGAAUCCCCACGGCAACGCUAUAUUCGAGCUUGGAAAUACAUCGUACCUUGCGAAUACCCAGCACCCAAAAGCCACAGCGCCAUGUGCAACUUCUUCAGGCUCUUCCACCGCGAUUCCCGUGACGGUAGUGAAAACAAACGAGACGGUCAUUACAAAGGCCGUGUUGGAAGCGGUAUUCUCGGCAUACCUCGACGGCGACGACGUCUUCAGUUAUGAUUUUCUCGACGGACUCUAUGUUUCGUCGAGUGCAGGCCAGGCUUCCAUGGAUGCGUCUGCAGUCGAGUAUCUUGCCCUGUUCAACAGCACGUGGCUCUUGACCGAUGCCUCUGUUUCCGCAGACGCACCGCAGAUAAACAAGGCGGUGCUCGCGUCUGCUGUGGAUAUCCCCAUAGGACCGUAUCUUGCGUCUGUGGAAGAUGGCGUUGUGAGCUUCGCGGCUGUGUACAGGUUGUACGAGGACAGCUACAAGACGUUUCUGUUUGGCGCCUAUGACGCAAAUGACGGACAGGAAAAUCACAAUCCACUGGGUGUAUUCUUGCCCAAGUUUUGGAGUCCAAUGAUACCCGUCCCAUCACGACUCUACUCGUGGCACGACGCCCGGCCCCUCGCCGGUCAGCGCGUGGCCAUCAAAGACCUGUACGACAUCAAAGGGCUGCAAACGUCGGGCGGAAGUCAGGCGUGGGCACGCAUUACCCCAGUGGCCAACGGAACUGCACCGUCAGUGCAGCGGAUUCUCGAUCUCGGGGGCGUGCUUGUGGGCAAGCAGAAGCUGGCACAGUUUGCGUCGGGCGCGAAUCCGUGGGAGUGGCAGGACGAGCAGUACCCGUUCAAUCCCAGGGGCGACGGGUGGCUUACGUGCUCGGCUUCGUCGUCGGGAGGAGGCUGCUCGGUGGCGGCGUACGAGUGGCUUGACUAUGCCAUUGGGAGCGAUACGGGGUCUUCGAUGAGGAGGCCUGCUGCCGUGGCCGGAGUAUACGGACAGCGUCCAAGCCAGGGCCUCAUGUCUCUGGAGCGCGUGAUUCCGCUGGGCGCCGCAACAGACACAGCCGGCGUCUUCUCGCGCGAUCCCUACAAAUGGAUCAACUUUUCAAAAGCAUGGUAUACACCGAGUCUGUACCAAGACCCGUCCAUCACGGGGCUGUCGCCCCUCGUGGUUCCCGACAGCACUGCGUUUCCCAAGACGAUUCUAUAUCCAACCGAUUACCUUCCGCUCAACAACUCGGCUGCCGAGCCGAUCCUGCAAGACUUCAUUGCCGGCAUGGUGCGCGUUUUUAAUAUGACUGUCAAGGAGAUCAAUUUCACCGCUACAGUGCAGAAUGCCACGGACCCCGUUGCGAGUAACUUUACCAUCACGAGCAGGGCCACGGGCGUAAUCAACACAUGGAGUGCAUGGCAAGUCGUUGGCAAGCCCCUCAUCACGGCAUGGAAUGCUCUUUUCGACGGCCGCUUCCCGCCCAUCGACCCGGCAAGACGCCUGGGCUGGAUCGCCUUUGACGAGUCUGCAAUCAACCAGACUACCUACGAUGCAGCGCUCGACACUAAGAACCAAGCCGUGCAGUGGUACGAAAAAGAGUUUCAGUACAGCACGGCCGAAUCAUGCUCCGAGUCGGUCAUGAUCUAUGACAUUGGCACGGGCGGGUUGCCUUCGUUUCGGGAGCGCGAGCUCAACGAGUCGCCGGAUGCGUCGUACCUGGCCGUUCUGCCCGAGGGAGCGGCCGUGACGGGCGCGAGCAUCUGUCCUAUUUUCGGAUGCGCAGACUUUACCGUGCCGAUUGGCCAGGUGCCGUACCAAAGUAACGUUACGUUUCACGAGGAAAUGGUGCCCGUGACGAUCAACUUGGUGGUGAAGCGAGGCUGUGACUUUGUCCUGUAUAACAUGAUUGAGGAGCUGGCCGACGAGGGCGUGCUAAAGACGGUCAGAACGGGCAAAACAGCAUACUAG